CGUUAUUGGUCUGUUUUAGCUCUGGUCGUGACAUGGCCGUUCAACUUUCAAGUGACCAGACAGAAUUACUCGGAGUGGUAGCUGAUGUAUGCCGUCGGGUGCAGCGACUUGUUACAUGCUACGAGGAAGGUAGAUGGAGAGUCUGGCACACUAGAUUGUCUGGUCUUCCACGUCGACAGACUUCAUUGUCUUUUGGUAGCAGUUGACGACGUUUACAACACCAGUAGCAGUGACGUGUUGGAAGGAGUUGGUAUGGCUCUAAGUUUUCUGGAAGAGUUGAAUCAUGGACGGAAUGAAUCAGGGUAUGUGUCUCAAAUUCUUUAUGAAAAUGUCAGAGGACGACCAAGGCUAGAGGUCAAGCAGGACCAGCUGGAGUAUCUGUUACACUUGGGAUUCAAGUGUCCCAAAAUAGGGGAGGUUCUUGGUGUUAGUUUGAGCACCAUAAGGCGAAGAAUGAGUGAGUUUGGUCUAAGUGUAAGUGCCUUAUACUCCUUCAUCACAGACCGGGAACUAGAUGAACUAGUGUCUCAAAUCAAGUGUGAAUUUCCAAAUUGUGGCUAUCGGUUAUUGCAUGGACAUUUGAUGUCUCGAGGUCAACGCGUCUCCCAAGCACGUAUUAGGGAAUCUCUGCACCGAGUAGACCCAGAAGGAGUUGCUGUACGGUGGUCUUCAGCAAUUCAGCGAUGGAAGUAUGCUGUGCUUGCACCAUUGUCAUUGUGGCAUCUUGAUGGAAACCACAAAUUGAUUAGAUGGAGACUUGUCAUUCAUGGUGGAGUAGAUGGAUACUCAAGACUUCCUGUUUACCUGCACUGUUCAAGUGACAAUUGUGCAGACACAGUCUUGAGGCUGUUCCAGGAAGGUGUCACUAAGUAUGGCCUGCCAUCUCGCAUUCGUAUUGAUAAGGGUGGUGAAAAUGUUGAUGUUGCUAUGUAUCUCCUUAUGCAUCCACUCCGUGGCCCUGGAAGAAGUACAGUUAUUGUAGGGAAGAGUGUGCACAAUCAAAGGAUUGAACGUAUGUGGAGAGAUGUGUAUGAAGGAGUUGUCUAUUUCUACCAUAGUCUGUUUUAUCACCUGGAAUCUAUUGGUAUGCUUGAUCCUAGCAAUGAACUCGACCUUUUCUGCCUCCACUUUGUUUAUAUUUCGCGUAUUAACUCUCACUUGACAUCCUGGCAAAAGGCAUGGAUUAAACAUCCCAUGAGAUCUGAGCACAACCUUACUCCAGAGCAGCUGUGGACAAUGGGUUUGCAAAGAAUUGCCACUUCUAAUAAUCACAUUGCAAGUGAAGUCUUUGAGGAUGGAGAUCAGCAAUUUGGUAUUGACUGGGGAGGACCUGUGUCUCAUGAAGACACUUAUGAAGUGGUUCACGUGCCUGAGACGCCUACUCCUCUUAGCAUUACUGAUAUAGAAGAACUUCAAGCAACUGUUUCACCUCUGGAACCUAGUAUACAUUAUGGUAUAGAUUUGUAUGAAAGGGCAUUACUAUUUGUAUCUCAGAAAGUUGGUUGUGUAGUUUAAAAUGUUGCAUAUUAUUUGUUGUUGCCUGUGUUUUAUAAACCAAGAUAUGAAUGUUACAAAUGGCACUGUACAAUAAAUUUUAUG